AUCUUUGUUCUUUGUUCCCGAUGGUGGAAACGCGCGCACGCGCACUCUCUCUCUCUCUCUCUCUCUCCGCGUAAAAGAAAACGCAUUCACACCCGUUAGAGCGCGAACUCGAUUCGCUCGCUCGCGAGGGGUAGGUCGUAGAGGGGCGGCUCGCGGUAAAAAUGGAAAUUCCCGGCUCGCAUCCACGCAACGCGGCGUCUCGUUGGUGGAGGAACAACCUCUCCACGUACACUGUUACGGCCGAUGGGGGGCCGGCGGUGGUGUAUGUAUUACCAUACAUACCCUUCCCAUGGGUGACCAUAAACCGGCUCGCAAGUGGCCGAGACAUUCGCCUCUCGACCGCGACCAUGAGAGCACUCGACUCGCGACGCCCACAGCUACCGGCUGCCACCAGCUUCUUCCACCGGACACUUCUUCCUCCUGCUUUCCUUCCUCGAUCUUUCUGCCUCCUUCUCUUCCUUCUCCUCGUUGCCCGCGGUGGCGAGCCGCUCCCGAGCCGCGUCAACCCGCUCCUCCCCCGUCCGUCCAUCGACGGGGACCCGGGUCGUGUUCAAUUCGAUUCGUCGGGCCGAGGUGAGAGCUAUGCGCGCGAAACGGGUGAAACGUCCAGCAGCGUUCCUACGAGGGUGGAGGAGGAGGUGUCGAGGAGGAGGCGAGGGGACGAGGAAGCCGAGGGCGCGGUGAAGAAGCGGAGGAGGAACGACGUUGGUAAAUCGAAAGGCGAGGAGAAGGAGGAGGAGGCGGCGGCGGCGGCUAAGAGCGAGGGGAUCAGAAGGUUCGACGAGGGUGCUGUCGCCCCUGAGAGGACGGAGGGUGGGGCUGGAGAGGUAAUUCCGAAUCAUUUUCGAAAGUCGGGGAAGCUGGAGGAGGAUGACGAGGGUGGGAGCGGGGAGGAGAUCUGGUCGAACGAAAGUUCGGAGGAGGGAAGGGAGUACAGGUCCUUGGUCGAGGCAGGCGAAAAAUCGAAGAAUCGUAAGAGUUCCACCGUUUACCUGAACGCGGAGGAGAGGAGAGUGGCGGACGGGGAACAGCAGUCGAUCGUCGACGGGCAGAUAAAGAGAUUGAUCUCGAUACGGGACGACGCGCUGGACGCGCGGACGAGGGGGGAGGACAAGAUGGACGAGGCCAAAGUGUUGAAUUUCAAACGGGAGGUCGAGUUGGACGGUCAGCGAGGAAACGAGGGUAAGGGGAAAUCUGCUCGGGAUCGACGAGGGAUCAGACUUCUCACCCCCGACACCUUGGUGUACAACAUCCUGCAAGACGCUCUGGAAACGUAUCAGAGCGAGGAGCCUCGGAUCUCUUACAUCGACAUCAACAACGACACGUUGAAAAAGUUCAUGACCACCGACCAGUUGUACAUCCUCCGGAUGGCCGAGAAAUUUUUGCCCCAAACGUUGCGCCUCGACUACUCCGAGAAGAUGUUCUCCUGCGUGAGAAGAUUCGAGUACUACAGCUGCGUGAAGCACCUCGCCUGGCCCCUCAUCAAGCAAUACUUCCCUGCCCUGCCCCCCUUCCCCGACUCCCAAACCUGGUACCCGAUAAUCGACAUGUAUCCCGUCUUCCCCCCCUUCCCCGUUUACCUGGAGGGGGAUCUCGUGUUGCCGGAAGUGGUGGACGAGGGCGACGGGAAAACGGGGAAGAGGAACGGGCCCGAGGCGACCAUCAUCCAGAUCCUGCAGAACGUUCUCAAGGAUCGUCGCGCCGACUCAUCAUCCUCCUCCACCCCCUCCUUCCUCGAUCGAUCGACCGACGCCUACGUCGCUCUCGUACCGGACGAUCAAUUGCUGACCAUCAACAUGGCCGAACGAUUGAUCCCGAUCACGUACAGGGCCCGAUUCGUCGAGAACACGGUCGGAUGCAUGAAGGAGUACGAUUACCUGGCGUGUUUCAAAUUCUUCGCCUGGCCCGCGGUCAAACGCUUCGUCCCCGCCCUCCCGGACGUAUUCGCCGGGGAUCGUCAGAGCGCAGCUCCCUCCCCGCAGGCAGCGACCUCGAGCGGAGCGGACAAACUCUAUCUGCCGGCCACCUAUCUCCUCCACAAAGGCCAGCCGCUCUCCCUCGCUUAUCUGCCGUUGAGGGGGGGUGAGGAGGGGGAGGAGCGAAGGGAAGGAGCGUCGCGGCUGCGCUCCUCGGACGAGUUGGAGAUGAAGAUAUUGGAUAUCGUUCUGGCCAAGGUGCGGGACUCGGUUAACGCGGCCGGGGAGACGUCGCCGACGUUCGUCCUGGCGGGGAACGUCGUCCAUUCGUACGCCGCCUCGUUCACCGACAGGCAGAUCGAAAUUUUACGGCUGGCCGAGUAUCUGGUCCCGCCGUCGGCGCGCCCCCUCCUGAUCGCCGAUGUUCUUUCCUAUCUACGCGACAACGGCAACUUCGUCGACUGCGCGAGGCACGUGAUCUGGCCAACGAUCGCCAAACACGUGCCCGAUUUACCCGAUUUUCCUCGAGAAGCGGAGGAAGGGGCGGCGACGAAGGGCGAGGGACGAGUGGUCGAGUCGAGCAGCGGGCAGGUGAAUCGUGGCGAGGAACAACGGGUCGUCUCGAGCACGGGCAAGGAGAAGAAGGCGAGCGUGUUGUUCCAGGACAAAGAGUCGCGAAACGGGAUUCCGAGCGUGCCGGUGAUCAGCGUGUCGGGCACCAGAUUCGUGCCGAUAUUCACCGAGCUGCCCGAGACGAUUAUCCUCAACAUUCUCCGAACGAUCCAGCUUCAAUCGCUCGAUUCCAAUCUACCGAUCUCCCCCCACUCCUCCCCCCCCUCCUCCUCAAUAAAAAAUCCCCAGUUCCUCAACCUGCUCACCGAACAACAGACGAGCAUCGUGAACCUCGUGGACGCGAUGCUCCCCUCGAGCAUGAGGCCCGAUUUCGCCAACAAAAUGAUCGAUUGCCUUCGAAAAAACAACAACUUCCUCGUGUGCGCCAGGGACGUGGCGUGGCCGAUGCUGAUGCAAUACUUCCCCUGGCUGCCCAACUUCCCCAAUUUCGGCAUCGUCUCGUCGACCACCGCGACCACCGCGAACUCGAGCGAGACGACAACCACGACCACGACCGCCAAUCAAACGACCGAGAGGGCCGGCCCCCCCCUCUCCGAGACGAACGUGAAGACGGGGCAGCACGGGGACACGACCGUGACCAUAACCGACACCAGAUUCGUCCCGAUUCUGAACGAGCUCCCCGAAACGAUCAUCCUCAACAUAUUGAAGGCCGUCCAACUCUCCCUACCCAACUUGCCCGCCUCCCCUCCGCCUCCCCCCAGAACGGGGGAGGAGGAAGCGUAUCCCGCUCACCUGACCGAGCAUCAGAUCGGCAUAAUGAACGUGGCGCGGAAUCUGUUGCCGAUCCGGGCGAGGGCCGGCUUCAACGAGAGAAUUCUACCCUGCCUCGGGGAGAGGAACUUCUUGGAGUGCACGAGGGACGUGACGUGGCCGACCAUCGCCCAGACUUAUCCCUGGCUCCCCAACUUCCCCAAUUUCAACACCCUCCGCCAGACGUCGCCCCGUGUACCGGGCCCCGCCUCCAUCAGGUUCCAAUUUCUCCUCGAUUCCGAGGGGAAAUCGGCAUCGACCACGGCGCCACAACCCGAGAAACCGGCGAGAAGUGGAGAAGGCGAGAAGGAGGAGGAGAAGCUGGAGGAAGCUUUGUUGAACGUUCUUGGGCAAGGAAUGGAGGUGGAUGAUUCUCGUUCGUACUUGAACGCGAGCUCUGGGCUGAGCGAGCGGCAGAUAAUUAUCGCGAGACGGAUCGAGGGAGGGAUACCGGAGGCGGACAGGUCGUCUUACGUGACGAGGAUGCUGGAUUGCUCGGCGCGUUACAGUUUCGCCACCUGCGUCGCCAACAUCGGUUGGCCAAUUCUCAAGCGGUACAAUUCCACGUUGCCCGACCUUCCAACCGAUCUCUUCACCCGAUUGGUCGCCCAACAGCCGAGACCAGAAUCGUCGGGAUCCUCGGACGCUUCACAAUCCUCCCAGUCUUCUGGAAUUUCGCAGCAGAGAAUCGAGAUCGCGAUUCCUCGAUCCAAAUCCUCGACCGAAUCUUCCCCUUCUUCUUCCUCUUCUUCUUCUUCGAGGAGCGGCGAGGUCGAAGGGCAGAAGGAUCCGGGGAAGGAGGACGAGACGAGGAACACGCCAACGAACACGCCGUCAGUAGACAACGAAGGAAUCAUCCCCGAGUACGCAGGCCAACCGACAGGUAUCCCCAUAGACAUCUCGAGCGAGAAGGUGCACGUAUCGGGCGUCGGUAUCGUUCACGGAGAGGAGAGAUCGAAGAGGAGGGAGCGUAGAAGCGCCAUGGGGUUGCACGAUACCGAUCACGAAACGACAGGCAGAUUUUCGCCGAACCUGACGUUCCCAAAUAUCACGGAAUCCGAGUAUCUUCGAUUGUUGGUCGGAGUUAAGGAGAAAACGAAGUCCUCCUCCUCCUCCUCCUCCUCGAAAUCGAAACAGUAUCUCGUCGACAAUUUGAACUCGACGAUCAGAGAUUCUUUGACGGCUGAUCAAUACGAAAUUUUAAAGAUCGUCGAAGAUCUGGACGGCCAAGCAUCGCCCGGCAAGGGGCUCGCGUCCCAAACCAUGAAUUGCAUCCUAAGCUUUAGCUUCAUUAGGUGUUUAGCCAUCUUCGUUUGGCCCCUUAUCGCCAGCAAUUUCCCCGCUCUCGGUAUAUUGGGACGUUCUUUGGACGAUUUUCAACACAACGAUCCGGGACGUUUUCCUUCCCUCGAGACGGAGAAACAAAUGCAGGAAUACUUCGCCAUGUCCACGACCGAGUUCGAGAAAGAAUUGUUGAAAAGGAAGGAGUCGAUCGAGAGAUUUUUCCUCGACUUGUACAGAGUGUUGACCGAGGAGAAGUUCGAGACGAGUAUCGGGUAUUUCAAGAUCAAAGGUUACGGAAACGACGUGGCCGGGUCGUCCUCCAGAGAGGGGAGAGGGGCCAAGCUGAAGGACAAUAAGAAUCUACCCAGCAUACUGACCAUCAUAAGCGACAUAAUGGAGGAAGUUUUGGAUCAACGUCCGGAAGGGGAAAAGGCGAAGAAGGAGAAAGAGAAGAGGGAGAGGAGCAUAGAAGGGUCGAGGGAGUCCGAUGUCCAAUUGUUGAAGGAUGGGCAGGGUUACAUCGAUAUCAAGAGAUCGAUGAACGACGACGAGAUAAUUACCAUGUUUCUCGAUAAGAUCAAAUCGAACGACUCCGACGAGGUGGUGGGGGACGAAGGCACCGGGUAUCUCGCUUCGGAGGAUGCGUACAACGCGUUCGAAGUUCUAUUCGGCACGAAAUUACACGACAAGGCGAGCACGCUGCCCCUCGACUCGUCUCGAUCGUUCGAAUCCUCGGAGAAGAACGAAGAACGCUCGAUCGAACCGAUCAAACGAGUGGAUAUCGUGUCUUUGGAGUCUCGGAAACGAGUCCCCAAUGGAGGAGACGAGUCGAAGCUCAAGGAUCAAGUGGCGUACGAUUUUGAGAAAGAGUUGUCCGAGGGGCAGGAGGAGAGGCGAAGGAAGAAACGAGCUAAAGCUUUCAAAUCGUUUCUGGAGAGAUACUCGUCGAGAGGUAGGCGUCUAAGGGACGUGGACAACGUCGAGGAUAACGCGAUCGACGAUGAAAACCGACGAGGCGAAAACGACGAAGGAUCGACUCUGAUCGUUCGAUUGCCACGUCUACGGGACGUCGAGGCCGCGUCGAGAAAAGGUACCGCCGCUUCGUUGAGCAAAGGUUUCAAGUCGAAAAUGUCGGAGAUGAUGCCAGGGUUCGGCCUCGUCUUAUCUUUCUUGCUCCAAUUGGCUCUGGCGCAUGCGCGUGCCACCGCCUCGGUGGCCGGAAUGAUCAGCAACAUGGCUCUGGGAACAGCUAUGUUCGGCAUGAUGCGAGACUCUCUUUUCGGAACGAGCAGCAAUCCAAAAAUUAAAUACGUUUACGAUAACGACAAGACGGGGCCAGGCAUCUCCUGGCCUGCUCAAUACGAAUACGCCCCUCAUUACUACGGUUAAUAAUAAGAUCGACGUUGUUCUAGAAUAGAUUCUUUUUCUUUACACGCUUGAUAGAUGGAUAGAGGAAGCGAUACUCGA